AUGCCGCCAUCUCCCUUCGGACAGCUGGGCGAGUUGCCCCUGGACCUUCGACUGGAGAUUUACGAAAGACUAUUUUGGAAGCCGACACCAUCCGUGAGCAUUUUGUGUUGCUCUCGCGCGAUCUACGAAGAGAUCACUGGCCGCCUCUAUGGCACCCUCGACAUCGACCUGACACCAUCAUGGCACAGCUCUCGGCUUGAGAUUUGCUGCAAGGCACUGCGAUUGCACUGGAAGAUACAAACGUCUACCGCCGCCAUUCGCGAUCGCUUCUCUCGACUCCCGUACCACAAGACCAACCUCCGAAUUCACAUUUAUGCACCGGAUCCCCUCGACCCCGGACAGCUCGUUCUACUAUGGAUGUUCGUGAAGACUCUCGCGAGCUUUCUCAAAGGAGCGACCAUCAAAUCGAUGACCAUAUAUCUACAGGAAUAUAACGGGAAUGAUUGGCAGGACGCCGGUCGCGCGGUGGAGAGCAUCCAGUAUCCAGGGACCCGGCAACCCGACCACAACAUCGUCUUUCUCCCGUUCUGUCAGCUGUGCAAUGUCAAGAGCCUCCACAUCGUCCCGUCAACCCGUCGCAUGGAUCGUGCGAUUGACUGGGGCUUCAUAAACUACGGUCGCGAUUUCAUCCUCAACAACGGACACAAGAACUACAACGAUGGCCCCCUCAGCCAGGACCCGCAGUACCGCGACGUGGUCCCCCUCUUCGACAAUCUCGACGGUACGAUACGCGACAUGCAGUUCUUUCUGGACACCCACUUGGACCUUUUGCCGGGAGAUACCGCGGCCAUGCUUCGCUUGGGCUGCGCGAGCCGGCUUUCCACGAGCACAUUUCCGAGACACCACCGGGAGCUUUUCCUGACGCUGCGCGAAUGUCCGAAGGCGAUCAAGCUCCAUGACCCCGGUCUGGAAAGGUGGUGCAUCCGACACUGGCAUCAUUGGAACAUCUGUCUCAAAUCAGACUGGCAAUCCCUGAAAUGGCCAUGGGACGAAUGGUGUCGGCGAUAUCCUCAAGGGUUGCCCCCUCUGACCCCAGAAACUGUCAUCGGGUACUGGCAGGCUAUUCCGAGCAAUCCACGUCACGGAUGGAAGAACAGAGGUGACAUCGAAAGGAAUGGGGAGUUCCAUUUCUGGAUUUGGAGCUACCUGCAUCGGAAUUGGGGACAACAAAGUAUCAAGCGGUUGCGGUUCUUCGAGCGGGAGUGGUGCACCGAUUGCCGCCACAUGGGUUUCCAAGAGGGCUGCGAGGAGGGCUGCGAGCGUUUGUGUCGAUUCGACUACAGGGAGGCCUGGGAAGACUCAGAUGACGAAGGUGACUACUCGGACCCCGAGCUUGUCCUUUAG